AAAAACUUAAUUUAUAUUCAAUUUUUAAGUACCUAGGUACUAACUACGUAUAUCCAGCAAAAUGAGACUUGCGUUCGUAAUUUGUAUUUUAUGUUACACUAGUGAUGUUGUUCGAAGUGACAAUUAUGCCAAAGACAAUAAUGAUGUUGAAAAGCUGUUCGAAUUUGUUUGGGAAGCUCUAGAAGCAAUAGCAAAGUUUGUGCCAUUACAUCCCGACACGGAUUUAAACAUUUCUCAGUUGCUAAAUAAAUAUGGUUACCCAUUUGAAGAACAUAAUGUUACAACCGAGGAUGGUCAUAUUCUAACAAUGCAUCGUAUAGCACACGGAAGAAAUGAAACGAUCACUGAAAAAAAGAGACCUGUUGUAUUUAUGAAACAUUGUGUAGCAUGCUCCUCUAUGAUUUUUCUUUAUUCGGGACCAGAGAAUUCGUUGGCGAUGCUUUUGGCUGAUCAAGGAUACGAUGUGUGGCUAUGUAAUACAAGAGGAAAUAUCUACACAUCGCAUACCACAUUGGAUCCAAAUAAAGACAGCGAUUAUUGGGAUUUUAGUUUUCACGAGAAAGGUUACUACGAUAUACCAGCUAGUGUCGAUUAUAUGUUGAAAUAUACUAAAGUAGAUAAUUUCACCUUCCUUGGCUUCUCUCAAGGCACGACUGAAGGCUUAGUAUUCACUACUAUGAGACCCGAGUAUGUAGAAAAGAUAAACUUAAUGGCAUUACUCAGUCCCGUAGCUUAUAUGGGAAAUUCAAGUGGACUUAUUCCAAGACUCCUGUCAGAAAAUCAAGAACUAAUCGAGUUGACUUUUGGUCUACUGGGCAUUCAUUCUGUCCCAUUUACCCCCUUAAUUCCACUAUUAGGAAAAGUCUUCUGUAAUGAUGCCAGUUCUGUACAAGAUGUAUGUCCACUUAUUAUGGAUUUCAUCGUAGGGUUUGAUCUACCUCAAGUAAACAAGACACUACUAACCGUAUUUUUAGCAAGUAGUCCUGAUGGAAUAUCCAUAAAAGAAUUAUAUCAUUUUGGACAAGAAAUAAGAUCAGGUUAUUUUAGGCAGUACGAUUAUGGGGUCGGCAAUCUAAUUCGAUAUGGAAGCCUCGAACCACCAUCCUAUAAUGUGUCGAAGAUCACUUGCCCUGUUGCCGCCUAUUAUGGAAAGAAUGACUUUUUUGUCGCGACCAAAGAUGUGGAACAUUUAUUUCAACAGCUACCCAACGUUGUUGUAUCACAUUUAUUAGAGUAUGAGGCUUUUAAUCAUCUGGAUUUCGUUACUGCCAUCGAUGUAAAAGCAAUGGUUUACGAUAUGUUGUUCGAGACAAUUAAGAAAUUCAAUCCUCCCAACAAAAGUUGAAAUAAGUCACUGUACUUUAUAACGAAAAAAUAAAGAUUAUAUUUUUUUAAAACAAA